CCAUUCUCCGCUCGAGGGCCUCGCGCUGGGCCCUCCAAGCACAUUUGCAAAGAAGGAUCUUGGGGGGGCGCGCACGGGAGCCGAGAGAGGCCGGCUCAGCGCGCACGGAGCAGCCCCAGCGCGGCCCUCGGGGCCGCCAACGCCUCACGCAUGCGCAGAGCCACCAGCGCCCCGGUCCUCCCGGGCGCCUCUCGCCUGCGCUACAUCCCCCGGGCCUCUAGGGGGCGAGCGGCCGGCCUCGCCACGGGGUGCCGUAACCCGGAAGCAGCCGCUAACCCGGAAGAGGUGGCGUCGUAGAGGGUCCUGCAGGCGUCGGGGGCGGCUCUGCGACUUUGGCUGCGAGUGCGGCGCUAGGAUGAACGCCCCUCCCGCCUUUGAGUCGUUCUUGCUCUUCGAGGGCGAAAAGAAGAUUACCAUUAACAAGGACACCAAGGUACCCAAUGCCUGUUUGUUUACCAUCAACAAAGAAGACCACACACUAGGAAACAUCAUCAAAUCACAGCUGCUGAAGGACCCCCAGGUGCUGUUUGCUGGCUACAAAGUCCCCCACCCCCUGGAGCACAAGAUCAUCAUUCGAGUGCAGACCACACCGGACUACAGCCCCCAGGAGGCCUUCACCAACGCCAUCACAGACCUCAUCAGCGAGCUGUCCCUGCUGGAAGAGCGAUUCCGGGUGGCUAUUAAAGACAAGCAAGAAGGCAUCGAAUAGUGGGCUGGAGGAGUCUUGUUUGGCUGGUUCCUACCCUGCGCUGGAACCUUCUUCGGGCUUCCAGUAGAGGCGAGCAGCUUCCCUGGCUUCAGGGACAUCUUGCUGAGCCCCUCCCCCCAGAGUUGGUGUGUCCUGUACACGGAGUGUUUUACCUUCCUAAUAAAGAUCUGGCUGUGAGAA